GAGAUGGAGCCCCAGCUCCUGGCCCCCUUUCCCACCCCCUCCCCCCCAGGCUGUCUGAGAUGUCACCUUCCACCUAACCAUCAUCCCUCAGCUUCAUUCCACGCUCUCCACCCAUUUGCACAGAGGACCAUCACCUGUCCUUGGAAUCGCUAAGGUUUUCGGCUUUCCUCGAGCACCAAUGGCCAGCUCUGAGAGUUCAGCUGAGACAUCUAGCCUGUCUCAAGCCAGUGAGCCUACUUCUGCUUUUCAUCAACAGAUUCGGGACUCUGGGAUUACUAUUGCUGUAUUUGAAAUCGGACCACAUCCCUCUUCAUGCUGGGGCUCCCUCCCUUCCCUAAAACAAGAUAGCCGAAAAGUAACAGGACCAGAGGCUGAGCAGAAGUUUGAAAAGUUCCUGAGAGAAAUUGGAGACAUUCUUAACAGGGUGACGGGCUUUGAAGAGAAGAUCACAGAAACAAAGGAACCUUUGGAGGAAACCAUUAUUUCUGAGAAUGUGUUACAGCUUCAAGAAAAAGUCAGAAGAUUCAGCAAAACAAAUAAAAAGCUACUGAAAAAACUGCUCAUUAACUCCGUCCCAGAGAAAAAACGGAAUGCCAAGAAACAGGAGGUGGACUGUGAGAACCAGACUACCAAGAACAAGGUCCAAGUUUCUGAAAAGGAUUUGGCAAAUUGUUCAGAAGAAAAAGGAGUCCUUAAUGAAACUCAACCAAGUGACGAAGCAGGAAAGUAUGGAUUCCCUCAUGUUCAAGAAGAAAAUAUUAAACUUCUGAAAAACAUGGAACAGCUACUACAAGAAGCAGAACACUGGAGCAAGCAACAUACUGAGCUCCACGGACUAAUCCAAUCAUAUCAGAAAUCUCAGACAGACAGAAAAGAAAGCUUUAAAAAUAAUAAAGCCAGUUUCCAAAUGAAACCAAAUAAUGAGGUGUCCAUUAAGAAUGAGCUGGAAGAGCAAGUAAGGAAACUGAACAAGGACACCUAUUCUCUGCACUUGGUGGCCUCUUUGCUGGACAAUGAAUGCCAAAUCUUACAGAAGAGAGUUGAGCUUCUCAAGAAACUCCAUCUGCACCAAGAGGAAACCCCCGUGGAGAAGCUGAAUCACAUAAACCCGGAACACAGCAAGAAAAAAUGGAAGACAUCAGAAACAGAACAAGUAGAAAUUGAUAAGGAGAACACGCAAGAAAUGAGGGGCACACUUCAGAAAAAAAUCGGAAUCUCUAAAAGCCUGGAUAUUUGUCUUACUAAGAAAGCUCGUAACAACCAGCUCAAUAAUCAUAUUGCAAGAGGUCUUAUAAGAAAAAAAAGGCCUUGCAGCAGCUUUCGAUAGAAAAACAAAGCAGGGGUAAAAAAAAAAAAAAAAAAAAAAAGAAAAAAGAAAAAAGGUGAAUCCUCAGAAAACUACCCCUAACCCAUUCAUUUUCAGGCAUGAUUGAUCAUCAAGCCUUGAAUAGAUCUUCUAGUUCAGUCACGAAAGAUCCAUAAUAAGAAGAUUAACAUAUCAGUCAUGACCUUGGAAGUUAUGUUCAUCAUCAAUAAACCACCCUAUCAACAUCAAGUUCAUCAUUUUACUUUCACACUCUGCUUGGGUUUUGUGGUUAUAGAUAGAGAUCCUAUGACACUUCAACCAAGAAAGAGAAGUUACAGUACCAGUUAAGAUCUAAAUAAAAAGCAGAAUAAAAAGGAAAGGUUUUUUUUUUUUCUUUAAUUAUUAUCUGGGAGAGGAAAUGUUCUGGGGGGAGGGUAGAAUAUAUAAUGCUUUAAUUGUGAUGAUUUCAAGCUCACUUUGUAAAUGUUUCUACUGAAACAUUCAUAUACUGAAGUGUGGAGUAUGUUGGAGUUAA